AUGAAUUCGAACAUCAACCACGUUUACGCGAUCGCCUUGUCGAAUCCUGCGUCAGCAGAUUCGCCUACCUGGGCUAUCUCUGUCCAACCUAUGAAGCAGAAACGACUGUUCUUCCACGAUCACCCCCACACUUCUGUCUUCCUUUCCAACGAAGCCGAUAACAGCCAACGACGAAACAGCGAUGGCUUCCNNAAGGGCGAGGAAUUACUAGUCAAGCUUCUCAUCGGCGAGAACAACACCAAAAACAUCGGCGAGCGUGUUCAACAGAUUCUGUCAAAGACCGACAAGACACAACCUUCAGAAUCAUGGCUUCGCUCCGCAAUUCUUGCACUACAAUCAGAAGGUCUCUGCAACAGAUUCAACAUCGACGACUUCCAGCAAAUGGCAACACAAACUCUCAAAUCUCAACAAGCACACCACGAGACCGUCGCCAUCGAGGUAGACUUCUUGUCUGAACUCGGACGCACCAGAUCAGUCGAAGAGAUGCAUGNNGAAACAAGAGAAAAGGCAAUCAAGGNNGAGAAGAAGGGGUCAAAUUAUUUCGGAUUCAGGAUUUCGAGACCGCAGAAUAUGCCGCAGAAGGUCAGGAGGGUCAACUCUUGGGAGCGACAGGACGAUGCGUAUGGCGGCUUGAUGUGA